CCACGGCUGAUGACUCUCCGACCUGUGGCACUGGGACGAGUUCGACACGUCAAGUGGAGUAUCCACGGGGGGACACACCUCGAAGAAACAUCAUUACUGCACAGGAUCCGGGAGUUGGUUCCUGAAUCCCAAGCCUACAUGGACCUGUUAGCCUUUGAACGCAAAUUGGACCAGACCAUUAUGAGGAAGCGGGUGGACAUUCAGGAAGCUCUGAAGAGACCAAUGAAGCAAAAACGGAAAUUGAGGCUUUACAUCUCCAACACCUUCAACCCUGCAAAGUCAGAUGCUGAUGACUCUGAUGGCAGCAUUGCAUCCUGGGAGCUGCGAGUGGAAGGGAAGCUCUUGGAUGAUCUCAGCAAACAGAAGCGGAAGUUUUCCUCAUUUUUUAAAAGUUUGGUCAUUGAGCUGGACAAAGAUCUUUAUGGACCUGACAAUCAUCUGGUGGAGUGGCAUAGAACUCCCACUACCCAGGAGACUGAUGGCUUCCAGGUGAAGAGGCCCGGUGAUGUGAGUGUGCGGUGCACGCUUCUCCUCAUGUUGGAUUACCAGCCUCCACAGUUUAAACUGGACCCACGACUGGCUCGUUUGUUGGGAAUACACACACAGACCCGAUCAGCAAUUAUCCAGGCCCUUUGGCAGUACAUCAAAACAAACAAACUGCAAGACUCCCAUGAUAAAGAAUACAUCAACUGUGACAAAUACUUCCAGCAGAUCUUCGACUGUCCACGGCUAAAGUUUUCUGAAAUUCCUCAGAGACUCACUAACCUGUUGCUGCCUCCAGACCCCAUAGUUAUAAAUCACAUCAUCAGAUGGGAAGUUGAAGUACAGAAAGACUUAACUGUUUUGUCCAAAGUCAAAGAAGAGUGUUGACCCCAAUGACCAAAAGAAGACAGCGUGUUAUGACAUAGACGUGGAAGUUGAAGAUCCCUUAAAAGGACAAAUGAGCAGUUUUC